CGAGCGAGCGACGUGCUCGGGCUGAGCGACUGAUCAGCCUACUUCGCGAUACGACGGCUGGCCGUCAAGCAGCGACGCUAAGGAGAGAUAAGACUGACAGGCCGACCGAGCCGAACCGCGUUCCACGGUCAGCGUGGUCUUGUUGCGCGGCACGGUCGUCAGGUGUCGCGAGCGUGCAGCUGUUGUGUCCCUCCAGCAGCGAGCGCAGGGCAUAUAGCCCGACACGGCCAGCAGACACUCAAGCACAAGAUAGAUAGGCUCAGCAAGCACCCAUCUUAGCGUGUUCGCCCCACGCUCACCUUGCUGCACGCGUUCAUCCGCGCAAGUGAUUGAUAGCAAAGGCCAGUGAGGCGGUCAUGCAAGCUUCAGGCGCGGUCGCGAGCGCACAAGCUCAUCACGACUCCCUUUCAACUCGGCCCCCGACCUCCCCGCGAAAUGCAAGCUCGAGCGAGUUGGGCAGUCCGGCAGAUGACAAUGCGAGCACAAAGGCCUUGCUGCUCACUGCCAAUCCUUCCACGAAUGGUCACUAUGCACCUCCCAUGGCUGCCAUGGGCAGUCAGGAUCACUUCCACCUGACGGGCGAGCCUACCGACAGGGCUCGCGCGGGCUCGAUCUAUCUGCCGCUCAACAAUUCGCCGGGACAUUCGCCUGAGAUCAAUUCGCAGUCGGGUUCGCCAUCUGCCCAGUCGGACCCCCAGAAUUUGUCGCACUCGAACGGACACGCUGGCCUUGCAAAGACAUACGCGGGCGAGCAGCGGCUUGCGAUCGACAUGAGCGCUCUGAACGAGCCGAAAUCGCCGUCUGCCAUCAAUCCUGCUUACUCAAUACCGGCGAGCUAUGAUCCUGCCGUGUCAUCGAUAGCCUAUCCUUCCGUCUUUACGCCCUCUGCUGUCAAUGCGACGGGUCAAGCGAGAGGUGCAGUCGCGGCAGCAGGAGACUACCUAAGUGCAGGCGAUGGACCGAUAACGAUAGACACUUCUGACGGUCAGCUAGAUAGCGGACUACUUCCGCAUGCCAAGCGGGACCUGUCGCUCACACAUCACGCCUCAUCCGACUCGCUGUCGAAGCGACUCCCGCAACCCAAAGAGUCCCACAGGCCUGUCUCGCCCGCACUGGGACAAGAUCGCUCGAGCAUGCAAUCUGCAGCAUCUCGCUACUAUCAGCCCGGUAGCUCUCCCGCUAGAUCGACUGCCUUUGCUCUGUCGCCCUCGCAGAGCAAUCCAGCCCUCUCGUUGUCGACAGCGGCUAGACGGAAACAUCCGCUCGAUAAUGCAGUCGGUUGGAUCGUCAUGUACUUCGCCUUCAAUCUUGGCCUGACGCUCUACAACAAAUUCGUGCUCGUCAAAUUUCCGUUCCCUUGGACCCUGACGGGCGUCCACGCGUUAUGCGGUGCGAUAGGAGCCCAGAUAGCUCAAUCGCAAGGCUACUUUGUUCAGUCAAAGCUCUCGUCACGAGAGAAUUCGGUGCUCGUCGCCUUCAGCGUGCUCUACACUGUCAACAUUGCUGUGUCCAAUCUCAGUCUGCACCUCGUCACUGUGCCUUUUCAUCAAGUCGUUCGAGCGAUGACGCCGCUCUUCACUGUCAUCCUGUCAGCAACGCUGUUACGGAAGCGAUUCCCCAUCAGGACAUAUGUGUCUCUCAUUCCCGUCGUCGCAGGCGUCGGCUUUGCCACAUAUGGCGAUUACUCUUUCACGGCAUGGGGAUUCAUACUGACACUGCUAGGCACGGUCCUGGCAGCCAUGAAGACGAUCGUGACCAAUCUCAUCCUGGUCGGAAGGCUCAAGCUGCACCCGCUCGACCUCCUGCUGCGAAUGAGUCCUCUCGCUUUCGUCCAAUGCGUCUUCUUCAGCUACUGGACUGGCGAACUCGCCCGAGUGAGGGAGUAUGGCGCGACUCAGAUGGACACGGGCAGAGCAGUCGCUCUGCUCAUCAAUGGCGUCAUCGCUUUCGGUCUCAACGUCGUCAGCUUCACUGCCAAUAAGAAGACGAGCGCGCUGACGAUGACCGUGGCCGCAAACGUGAAGCAAGUGCUGACAAUCGUGCUCGCCGUCCAGCUCUUCAAUCUGGUCAUCACGCCGGCCAACAUGUUUGGCAUCUGCUUGACGCUCUUUGGAGGGGCAUGGUACGCUCGUGUAGAGAUGCUCGAUAGCCAAGCGCGCAAGAAGCCUGCCGUCGCGACACCCCUUCACGAUGAACGCAGCUAG